AUGCGUCCCGGGGAGCGGCUCCGCGUCCUGCUCUGCCUGGCGUCUCUGAGCUCGGCGGCUGCAGAUUUCCAAGUGAGACGCGUCUACCAGAUUACGCCCACAGGCGGGGGCACAAAUGGAGCAGUUAAAGUCACCAUAUCUGGACGAGGAUUCGCCCAGGCCAACCAGUUUAACUACGGCCCAGGAAACGAGAACCUUGGGAACAGCGUCCUGAUGGUUUCAAACACACGGACCGUCCCCUGUGAUGUGGAAAAACAAGAGAGUUACUCAACGCAGAUCACGUGUUACACCAGGAGCAUGCCUGAGGAUAACUACGUAGUAAAAGUCAGCGUGGACGGCGAGCCGAUUCCAGACAUCAAUACUAUCUGGUUUCAUUCCAGAGGUUAUCAGACUCCAGUGAUUCAGAGCGUCACACCAGUAACCGGAUUGCCAGGGACACUCAUUACAAUUAGAGGAAUGAUCUUUACGGAUGCAUACGGCAGCUCUACUCAAGCCAGUUCCAAUGGCAACUCUGCCAGGAUUUCAAGCUAUGGAAUUUCUCUGGACUACCAGUGGAGCCAAUUGGGCACAAUGACUUGCAGAAUAACAGGAACUUAUGUUGGCCACCAAAAUGUCAGCUUCACUGUAGAUGGUCCAUAUGGGAGGAGUCUGCCAGACGUGAGCACCUACUUUGUUUCAUCUGCAAAUAAACUGGCGAUGUUUCAGACUUAUGCAGUGGUCACCAGCAUAUCGCCAUCAGCAGGAGGCUCAGAAGGAGGCACCAUACUAACCAUAAAGGGCCAGUACUUUGAUCAGACGGACGCCCCCGCCAGAGUGUUAGUUGGAGGUCAGAAUUGUCCCGUCCUCAGUGUCUCUGACAGUCAGAUCACCUGCCGAAGCCCCGCUCAGCCGGAUGGCAACAGGACCGUCUUUGCAGGUGGAAGGGGCCUGAAAUUAGAAGUCUGGAAUAAAACCGCUCCACAAAAGCUGGAAGACAUCAUGGCGUACAAUGAGAGCACACCCGGCUAUUACACCACGUGGCUCGAUUCAAGCUCUUACAGCUUUCCUUACAAUUCGGACAAUUUUGCUUCCCGCCUUAGUGGCUUCUACGUCCCAGCGGUCACAGAUGAUUACAGGUUCUAUGUCAGCGGUGUUUAUAAGGCGGCUCUUUAUCUCAGUCAAACUGGGCUUCCCAACGAUAAGGACACCCCAAACACCGUCAGGCUCCAUGAGCUGUUCAAGUCCAAAGGAAUCAGCAUGAAAAGCUCCUUCACGCAACAGCAGACCGGAGAGGCUCAGAAUGAAGUGCAAGUCCUCAACACCGUCUACAAUUUUCUGAAUGAAGUGCAGGAUCUCUGCUUAAAUAACUGGACCACACAAACCCCAAUACAGGAAGUCCAGCAGAUUGUUGUGGAGAGCCCCUGCGUCAGCUCUGGUGACUGUACGGCCAUGCAGUUCAGCCUUCUCUAUAACAACGAAGCAACAGAACCCAUUGCUGUUGGUGCUUCGAGUGAUGAGGUCAAGAUGGCUUUAAACGCUCUGCCCUCCUUCCAGAAUGACACUGUUAGCGUGAUGAAGACAGAGAGCACCAAUGGCCCCAUUUACACAGUGACGUUUAACUCGGACCGAGGAGAUUUUGAUGUUCUACAGUACGACACAGCUGGAAAUGACAUCAACAUCGAGAUUUCUGAAAUAACCAAAGGAAGACCCAAAUUUGACACGUUUACAUUGAUGUGGAAUGGCGUCUCCUCCAGUCCGCUGUCAGUCAAUGCGACCCCUGAUGAGUCUUGGUACUAUUCUCGCGUUUCUGACAGAGAAGCCUUCUGCGGCCAUUUCAGUGCUUUGAACCCCAGCCCCUUAUUUAAUCAGAAUCAAGUGAGAAGCACAUGGGAUCAAUAUGGCGAAAUCUCACUGAGUACUCACAAUAUGCUGUGCUUUGCAUACAAAGGAUUUCUAAACAGCUCCAUCGGCCUGAGCUUCUCGGUCGUUGAGAAGCAGCAGACAAACAGCUAUCAGAACCAGUUUGAAGUCGGAAUUGUUCAAGCAGAUGAAUGGCAGUACAUUUGCAUUGAUAUGCUGCGACUUUUAAAGGCUUCUUACCCUGGAACUGAUUAUAAAGUUCAGCAAAUUACACUCAACCGGCUGAGUCCGACUCAGGAUUAUUUAAUUGACACCAUCUACAUCGGCAGCGACUACACAGUAACUAAUAUGCAAGACCUAAACCUGAGGCGCUCAGCUCUCGCCGGGAGAGGAAUCUUUUUGCAGGACCUUUCGGUAAUUCAGAAGCAAGGCAGACGGACUUCAGAGAGCUGUUACAGAGUCACCCUAAUGCCGAUGAACUGUGGAUAUGACUUCCCUUUGAUGGAAAUCAGAUUUGCCCAGAAUAUUUCUGGUGAUGGUGAGAAUGAAACUGUCUAUCAGGGGUCCAACUGGAACAAAUUGACUACUUUCAGGGUGACAAGAGUCCAGGCGGCGUCACCUCCGAUCAUGGGCUCCUUUGACGUGAGCAUCUAUGGGCAAGAAAUCAAAAAUCUCCCGGUGAACAUUUCAGCUGCCGAUCUGAAGUACGCCCUGGUGGGCAUCCCAGGUAUGGGACAAGUGGAUGUGUUGAAAUGGGGAGACUGUCGAGGUUAUGUAUGGAAAGUGACUUGGCUGAGUGUUCCUGGCAAACAACCUACCCUCCAGAUUAACAGCUCCUCAGUCAUUGGGAAGAACGCCUAUCUUAACGCUUCUACUGAAAGAGAUGGAGGCUUAUUCAAACAGAGCGUUUUAGGAGAUUUCUACCGCGUGCCUCAGCGAAAGCCUCAGGUUCAAGUUUAUAUCAAUAAUAUCAUCUCUAUGUGUUCGGGUGACUGUUCUUAUCAAUGGGAUCCACUGAAGACGCCGGUUAUAUCUGGAAUAAGCCCCACUAAAGGAUUUUCAGUAUCAGAUACCAUUCUGACGGUGACCGGCUCCAGGUUUACAAGUCAACCUGCCAAUGCCAAGCCUUCUGUUUCUGUUGGUGGCUGUGCCUGUGUUAUCGUCACUUUAAGUGACACUCAGAUCACCUGCAGAAUCGGAAAUACAACCUCUGGCUCGGCUCCGGUCACAGUCUACGUGCCCGGGGUUGGCUUUGCUAAAAAUACGUUCAACUUCACCAUCCUGCCUGGAGGAUCGUUCACAUUUGCACCUCCGUCCGGCAGCACAGCAGGAGGGACUGUGCUCACAAUAUCCGGCUAUGGGUUCAGUCGAGACCCCACCGUUAGGAUCAGUGAUAAGCUUUGUCCAAUUUUGAGCGUAAACCUUGACAGACUUCAGUGUACGACUCCUGCGAACAAGGCCGGCUCCUAUAAUGUGACCGUGACAGUGGAGGGAGUGGACAUCACCCUCGGUGUUUUAUUCACAUACGAUACGGCAGUGACAGCCUCCAUCACACAAAUAAGUCCAGCCAGCACUUUUGCAACUGAAAGAACCAAUCUCACAAUUUCAGGAAGCAAUUUCCAGACCUGGGACCCCCAAAGCUCAGUGUCAAUCGACAAUGCAGAGUGCAGCAUAAUGAAAUGGACAGAUUCUGAAAUUAUUUGCUUACUACCAGUCCUCCGACCAGGGAUGCAUAAUAUCCAAGUCAAAGUCAAAAACUGGGGAUUUGCCAGUGCCAGCAGUCAUGCCGUGACCACCAUUGAGUACGUCCUACAAGUCACCAGCGUACGGCCCCUUAUGGGCUCACUCUAUGGCGGCACCAAGCUGACUCUCACUGGGUCGGGGUUCGGCACAAAUCCUGAUGACAUCCAAGUUUUAUUAGGACAACGGAGAUGCAACGUCACCGACGCGGCCCGGGAUCGACUGGAGUGUGUGGUGCAGGCACCUGGAAAAAUGUACACGGUGACCAACCUGGGCUCAGAUAUAGCCAGAGGUGUCGGCUACGCUUGGACUCCAUCAUCUUUGAAGGUAUUCGUUGGAGACAAAGUUCAGUGGCAGUGGCAGGCUCAGUCCCUCAUUGGUGGAAUUGCCUACCGGGUUUUCAGCGUCACCAAUCCCAGCGACACCACCUUUAGCGGCCAAGGAUUUAACAGCGGGCCGAGCAGGACUCCAUCAGGAUAUUUCACCUAUGAGUUUACUAUCCCUGGCGUGUAUUACUACAGCAGUGGCUAUAUAGAUAACGCUCAAACUAUAGCCAUGCAAGGAGUGGUCACCGUUAAUCCCCUACCAGAUGACCAGGAAAAUAUUUUCAUCUCAGUCCUUGAAAUAGAAGCAAACUACAAGCCAAGUUCCUCUCCUUUUCCAAUGAAGGUCAAUAAUUGCACUGCUGAUCCCCUGGACUGCAGCCUGCCUUCCUUUUCCAAUUCAAGUGCGGACGCCUUCAAAUUCCUGUUUUCCAGUUGUGAGUCUCCGACAGUAACUGCCAUCAGGCCCUCCAGCGGAACAAUCCAUGAUGUGUUAAACAUUGAGGGAACGGGAUUCAGCAGCUCUGUCUGCGCCAAUGAAGUCACCAUUGGAGGUCACCCAUGUGAGGUCAUCAGCAGCACAUUCACAGAAAUCAACUGCUAUGUCAAUCCAGAAGACAUUCUUCCAGUGGGUUUUGCAGAACUUGUGUCCGUGACUGUGAAUAACCGGGGCAAUGCUAUCAGCACAAUCGUCAAUGAGUUUGAUCGUCGAUUCGUUUUGUUACCAUCUGUCGAUUCAAUCAGCCCCAGUGUGGGGUCCACCACAGGAAACACAAGGAUGACGAUACUCGGGUCCGGGUUUUCAGGCUCCGUGAGCAUCACUGUGGUCGGCAUGCCCUGCUCCAUUGUGUCGUUCAGCUACACAAGUAUCAUCUGUGAUACGGCGCCCUCUGCUGAAAGAGCAGGGAAUGUUCAGCUAUCAGUGAAUGGCAUCCCCGCUGCCUGCUAUUCGGACUGCAGGUUCCAUUACACAGAUUCCUCCCUUCCUCAGGUAGACAGCGUCUCACCGGACACAGUAGACAGCAGCUCUACAGUCCUUUCUAUUAACGGAACAGGCUUUGGGAGCGACCCAGACAACGUGCUCAUUUUAAUUGGAGACUUCACCUUUCAUCCAAGUCAGGUCACAGAAACAGAAAUCACCUGCCCCAUUGGGCCACUGCCUGCUGGAAGUUACAUUUUAAAUGUUGUGGUGAUGAGCAAAGGCCUAGCCUCUGGAAACAUCGCCAUAUCCAGCCUUGCGACUGCCACGCUGUCACCGAAUUCUGGAAGUAUCCUCGGUGGGACGACACUCCUCAUUACUGGGAAUGGGUUUUACCCUGGCUACACCACAGUGACUGUAGGGGGCAUCCCCUGUGCCAUCACUAAUAUAACAACGAGUGAAGUGAAAUGUACAACCGCGGCCAACAACCAAGGAAACGCAGCUGUGAACAUCCAAGUCCUGUCAACCGUCUACCCGCCGUUAUACUUCAUGUACUCUGUGGACAGCACUCCGGUGAUCAGCUCAGUGGACCCAUCAACAGGAUCAAGUGGAACGGCCAUUUCCAUUUCUGGCUCUGGGUUUGGCUCAGUGGCAGAUGACAUUGUUGUGACCAUCGGUGGCUCUCCAUGUGCUCUUCUGGAAGUCAAUGACACUGCAGUCCAGUGCACUUUGGGCAGCCAUUCGGGAGGCUCCUUUGCUAUCACACUUCUCCACGUGAUGAAGGGAUACGCCACGUCAAGUGUUUCCUUCGGUUAUAAACUCGACCUGAAAUCCGUCACCCCAAGUCAAGGAAGCUUUGGAGGCGGAGCUAUUUUGCAGUUGACGGGUGAUGGCUUUGACGAGCAGCUGUCGGCCGUCUUUGUGUGUGACAGCUCAUGUGUCGUGGACGCGCUCAGGUCUUCCUCCACCACUUUGUACUGUGAGGUGCCACUUUCUAAUGGCACGGGAUCAAGCCAGGGCUGUGACCUGACAGUUUACAAUGGCAAAAAUUUGGUGACCUUGUCAAAUGCCUUCACUUACGAGUCAUCGCUGACCCCUGUGGUUACCGCCGUGACUCCAAGAAGAGGUGGCACUGGAGGCGGCACAAAGCUCACCAUCACCGGCUCUGGAUUUGGUUCUGACAUUGAUAACGUCAUAGUCACCAUCGCCAGAACACCCUGUAAUGUAGCAUAUGUAAAUGAAACUGAGAUCAUCUGCAUCACCGAUGCCCGACCCCAGUCUCAGAGAGCCAAAGUUAAGGUGAACAUCGGCGGCAAUGGAAUCGCAAAACUGGACAACGCUGAUUUCUUUUACAUUGAUGUCUGGUCCUCUCCAUACACAUGGGGUGGAGAAUCCCCACCAGACGACGGAUCUUUUGUUGUCAUUACACCAGGGCAGACCAUCUUACUGGACACCAGCACAGCAAUCCUAAAAAUGCUUCUCAUUCAAGGUGGAACCCUAGUGUUUGAUGAGGUGGACCUCGAGCUGAAUGCUGAAAAUAUCCUAAUUGUGGAUGGAGGCACACUGCAGGUUGGAACUGAACAAGCGCCGUUUCAGCACAAGGCGAUCAUCACCCUGCAUGGCCACCUGCGCUCUCCUGAACUGCCGCUCUACGGGGCCAAGACGCUGGCCGUCAGAGAAGGGACGCUGGACCUCCACGGUACACCCGUUCCAUUCACUUGGACCCGACUGGCUAAAACCGCAGAUGCCGGCUCGACCACCGUACAGCUCCAGAAUCCUGUAACAUGGAAAGCUGGUGAUGAAAUAGUCAUUGCAUCCACCGGAGACAGGCUGAGCCAGAAUCAGAACGAGCUGAUGGUAAUUGAGUCCAUAUCCUCAGAUGGAGCAACGGUGAAUCUGACCAACCCCCUCAAGUAUAGACAUUUAGGACUUUCUGUCAGAACACCAGACGGACAACACUUUGAAGCGAGAGCAGAAGUUGGACUUUUAACUCGUAACGUUGUCAUCCGAGGCUCCGACAAUGUUGAAUGGAAAGACACCAUACCAGCUUGUCCUGAAGGAUUUGAUCCUGGUGAAUUUGCUGUGCAGACCUGUUUUCAGGGAAGAUACGGUGACCAAGUUGGCAGUGACCAGUUUGGUGGGUGCAUCAUGUUCAGCACACCUCUGCCUAAUCAGAACUCAGCCAUUGGCCGAAUUGAAUAUGUGGAAGUAUUUCAUGCUGGACAAGCCUUCAGACUUGGGCGUUACCCCAUAAACUGGCACUUCAUGGGAGACCUUAAGUUCACCUCUUACGUCAGAGGCUGCAGCAUUCACCAGACGUACAACAGAGCAGUCGCUAUGUACAAGACCUCUAAUCUCUUAGUCGAGAGAAACGUCAUCUACGACAUCAUGGGAGGCGCGCUUAUCUUUGAAGAUGGCAGCGAGACAGGAAAUGUCCUUCAGUACAACCUGGUAGUGUUUGUGAUGCAGAGUACCAGUCUCUUGAAUGAUGAUAUCACACCGGCUGCCUUCUGGAUAAGCAAUCCCAACAACACAAUUCGGCACAACGCAGUAGCUGGAGGAAGUCAUAUUGGCUUCUGGUAUCGACUUCAAGACAGCAUCAGUGGAGAACUGCGUGACGCUAACAUUUGUGAGAAGAAUGAGAUACUAGGACAGUUUUAUAACAACUCCGUUCACUCUCAAGGCUGGUAUGGAUUGUGGAUUUUUGAACAAUAUUACCCAAUGCAGCAAGGGUACUGCUACUGGUAUAACCCCCAGCCGGCUGUUUUUGACUCUCUGACGACUUGGAAUUGUCUGAAAGGAGCCGAGUGGCUCAACGCCGGAGCGCUGCAGUUCAAGAAUUUCCUGAUGGUGAAUAACGAACUUUCUGGAAUUGAAAUGAAACGACUUCAAACUAGCUAUGUUAGAGGCUGGGGUGAAGCAGGUGGUGCCAUGAUCAUCAAUUCCACUGUGAUUGGUCACUUGGAUGAACUCGGCCUUCUGCCCGGCAACUGCACUCAGAGGGGAAUUGUACUUCCAUUAGAUGACGGACUGACCGUUGCAGGAAUUCAAUUUAUCAACUUUGACCGCUCGAGCUGUGCUGCCAUGGGCUUCUCAAGUUGUAGUUACACCAACUGUGGAGGCUGGAGAGUUAAAUUUAGUGGAGUUCAGUAUUUUAAUACCACCAACAAGGCCGGCUUCACAUGGGAGCAUGAAGUAGCUCUGAUGGACACUGACGGGUCUCUUUCAGGACAUGCUAAUAACACGGUGAUACCUUACAGCGCCCUGCUAGACCCUUCUCACUGUCGGCUUCAAGUGCCGGAGUGGAGCGCGGGCUACAAUGGCUCAGUCUGUGACUCCACCGUCUCCUUCCAUCGCUUGACCUUUUGGACAUACUGGUAUUUAUCAAUGUCAGUGCUCCUGUCUGACUCCUUUGGUAUCAGUAUAGUUUAUGGCUUGGCACUCAUUCCUGAUGGGCAAACCUUUAACUGGACCUUUCAGAAUUUCCCCAUUUUAGGACCCACCAACACCUUGUUGUAUGGGGCGACGUUCUCUGGAUUUAAGGAAUCCAGUUUUGUCAUCAUCAGACACCAAUGUGCCCAGAAUUAUGAAGGCUAUAACAUCGUCGAUAACAGGAGGGGGCUGAGCCAGCCUUUGAACCAGAGCAGUAUGAAUGGAGACUGGUACUUUGACAACAACACAUCCACCGUGGAAUACAUAAUUUCAGGAAACACAAGCCAAGGGUACUGGUAUAGCUCAAGUCUGGAUCCUUUGGAAAAGAACACAGAUGUAAACUUCCGGAUUUAUCACUGCUACUUCACAAGCUGUUACUCAGGAGGAGGAGGAGGGGGUGUGGUGACGACUACAACAGCCCAACCCCCAAGAACGAGUGGAAUUACCCUUUGGUCCAACACUACUUUCUGGUUGACUUCAGCGGAAAACAAAUAUGCCGUCCCAGUAGAUGGUUCCAGUGUGGUGAUUCCAAGAGGAUGGUUGGUGGUAAUAGACGUUGAAAUCCCCAGGCUAAGCCAACUGAGUGUCUACGGCACACUGGAAGUGCCAAGCAACAUGUCAAAAUAUGCAAUGUGGGCUCCAAACGCAACCCUGGCAGCAGAUAACAACAACAGGACCGUCAUCAUCAGGACCACCUACCUGUAUAUUCAGGGAGGUACGUUGCUUGUGGGUCAACCAGAUGAACCCUUUCAAGGUGAACUUCAGAUCAUUUUUAGAGGGAACAUGUUGACACCAGACUGGCAUUUGCCAGCAGGCUUUAACCUUGGAGCAAAGGUUCUGGGGGUUUUCGGAACCCUAGACCUCCAUGGCAAGCCUCACUCCAUAUACCGGACAAAACUUGCAAUGUCAGCAGAUGCCGGAUCCUCAUCGAUUUCUCUAGCCAACGCGGUCGAUUGGCAGGUCGGAGACGACAUUCUGAUUACCACAACCAGCUACGACCCCUGGCAGGCCGAAACAAGGAAGAUCGUCGGCAUUUCGAAGGAUAUGAAGACCCUGAUCCUCAACGAUUCGCUCUCCUAUGCACACAUCGCUGAAACUUAUUAUAUAAAUGAAACAAAUCAGCAGUAUACCCUGGCAGCGGACGUCGGGCUUCUCAGUCGAAACAUCAAGAUCAUCAGUGAAGAUUACCCAGGAUGGUACCAGGAGUCGUAUGGGGCCAGAGUGCUCGUUCGCUCAGGUGAAAAUUCUGAAUUAAAUCCCUGCGAAUUUAAGGAAACCGCGAGACUCAGCAAUGUGGAGUUCUAUCACACGGGACAGAAUGGCUACGUAUCCGACAGUGACCCCCGAUACUCAGUGGUUUUCAUGAACAUGGAGGAGAUUUCUGAAAAUAUUACAUCUUACAUCCAAGGCUGCUCUUUCCAUCAUGGUUUUUCACCAGCUAUUGGCAUCUUUGGAACCAACAAACUGAGUGUGGAUGACAACAUCAUUUAUUUCACUGUCGGCCAAGGCAUUCAUGAUCUGGGAACUGCAAACAAAAUUCGGAGAAACCUUGUGGCCUUGACUGUGUGGCCGGGAUCAUUCAGAGGAAAACAGCCAGCGACUUACACCCUGUGGCAUGCAGCCAUUGAGAUUAACCAGGGAGCCGACACUGUGCUGCAGGACAACAUUGUGAGCGGUUUUGAGAGAAGCGGAUAUCGCAUUAAUGGAGAGCCGUGUCCAGGCACGUUCAAUCCAGCUGAGACCUGGAGGAACAAUGAGGCCCACGGAGGCCUGUAUGGGGUCUACUUGAACGAAGACGGCCUGCCAGAUUGUACCUUCAUCCAGGGAUUUACUGUCUGGAAAUGCUGGGAUUAUGGAAUUUAUUUCCAGACAUCCAUGAGUGUUCAGAUUUCCAACGUAACGUUAGUGGACAAUGGAAUGGGCAUCAUGCCUAUGAGUUACACUUCACCCGCUAUGUCUCACCAAUAUUCUAGUAAGAUCAAGAACUCCCUAUUUGUGGGAAGCAGCCCGGAUUUUAACUGUUCAGAUGUUCUUACAACCAGUAAUAUAAAUAUUCAGUACACACCAGGACAGAGGAGCCCAAGGCCACUUCAAGGUGGCAGAAGUGCAGUUGGUUGGCCGACUUUUGCCUCACAGCAUAAUGGAGCGCCUGCUACGCCUCACGCUGGCUUGACAAGCUACACUGCUAUUAGUGGACUUGUGGCAAUUAGAGACUCUACAUUUGCUGGCUUUAGAAAUGUCUGUUCUGGACAGAUAAACGUCAUGUUCAUUACCAAUCCUAACAACGAGGACCUGCAGCAUCCAAUACACGUAAUGGGGAUUCAAGUCAUCAACAGCACUGAAAACGCCUUCGCCUUCAUACACCGACCUGACCUCAGUCUGGUGAACCCCUCUAAGUGCGUUGAUAUGACUUGUGAUGCGAAACGGAAAACCCUGCUGAAAGACCUGGACGGAUCCUUACUGGGCCAGACUGGGACAGUCGUUCCCCAGUCUGAGUACCAGUGGGCUGGCGAUACCCGCUAUGGUCUUGGGGACUACAGAAUUCCAAAAGUCAUGCUGACCUACCUGAAUGGCAGUCGGAUUCCAGUUACUGAAAUCGCACCAAAUAAAGGUGUCAUCAGAGACCCCAGCUGCACUUACAUGCCAAGCUGGCAAAGCUACAAGUGCUUCACUCUCGACUACGAGAUGCUGGUGAUUGAAAGUCUAGACAGCGACACGGAGACCCGGCGACUCUCUCCGGUGGCAGUACUUGCGGACGGCUAUUUGGACCUGCUCAAUGGUCCCGCAGACCACAGCUGGUGUAAGGGCUAUAGCUGCCGCCGAAGGCUUUCGAUGUUCCACACCAUUGUGGCCGCCAACAAAUCCUUUUCGGUUUACUUCACAAGCACCUCUCCCCAGUCUCUUCGACUGAUGCUGCUCAAUGCUGAUAACUCCAAGACUGUGCGUGUGGCCAUAUUUUACUCGAAUCCUCAGCGCUUAGAUGUUUACACCAAUGAUCUACUGGUUGCUCCGACAAAUGCAGUAUGGAACAGCGAUCACUCUGAUUACACUCUCAGCUCCCCGACUUAUCCUGAUCAGUUUGUUCCUCAAAUGAAUUCCACGAUUUCUGGAUCGAAUUACUUUGACAGCGACUACAAAAUGCUAAAUAUUUUAGUCCGAGGCUCGACUCCCAUUGUGGUCCGCACGUCACCACUUCUGUUCAUUUCAUUCAAUAUGCCCUUCAUGACUGUUGAUGAAUUUUUUGGUCCAAACCUCAUCAAAAACUUAGCUGCCUUCCUGAAGAUCCCUGCAACCAAGAUACGCAUCACCAAAAUAGUCCGAGCGAGCAGCCGGAGAAAGCGUGAAGCUGGGAUGAACGUGGAGGUGCAGAUAGCAGAGCCGCCGAGUCAACAGGCCACUCAGACACCAGCUGCAGGGCAGCUGCAAGUUCAGGAUCUGGUAAAGAUUGCGGAUACCGUUGGACAGGUAGCCAUUGCUGGAAACCUCAGUGCAGCAGUUGGGUAUAAUGUCACAUCUGUUGGCAUCGAAAAGCCACAACCGAUUCCAAGUGACCCUGGAUGGGCUGAGAUGGCGUCUACUCCAGUGACAACGAGAGACAAUUCGACUACAAGUUAUGUGUCGACUGUGACCAGUCUGGUGAUUGUCAAGGAGCCGAUCGUGGGACGGCAAGGAGGUCUACUGAUUCAACAGCCAUCCAUUAUGGCCGUGGACCAGAAAGGUGCCUGUGUGUCUGUCGGAGUGACGUCCAUCGUCCUGACUGCAACUCUGAAAGGCCAAAGCGGCCAGGGCAUUACCGGUCUCGAAGGGAACACCACAAUCCCAUUUUCUAAUUGCUGGGCAAAUUACACGGACCUUUCCCUCACAGUCAAAGGACAGAGUGUGAUAAUGGUCUUCACGAUGAACAACAUCAAGUCGAUGUCCAGAUCCCUCUCAACCGAUGCUGCGACACCUUUGGCAACCAGCAGCACCACAACGAGCACCACGACCAGCACAGUGCCGAGCGGCUCCAGCUUGCCAUUGAGCAGCUCCAGCCCGCCGUUGAGACCCUGGCCCGCGUUCAUCGCUGCUCUUCUGGGUCUGCUCCACUUCCUGUUGUUCAAAGGAUAAAUGGCCUGGCAGACUUAAGAAAGACGUAUCGUUAUCAUUUCAUCUGUGCAUUAUUUUAUACAUUUUUGCUUCCUGCCUAGUGAUAAAUAUUAUAUUUGUAUGAAUGCUUACUGCACAUGGGCACACUAAUCAUUUGUGUAAUGUACUUGAUUCUUCUUCCUGAUCUGAAAAUGAUUUGUGCUUUGUGAAUCUGAAUGCACUUUAAUAAAUCUGUUUAUGCUGA